GUAGGCACCUAGCUCCGCCCACACACUGGGAGCCCCUGCUCCAAGGAUUCCAAACACCCCUAGCUGCACGAUGUCAGAGAACACGUCCCAACCGGGAAUAAAUACCCUCCAUCACGCCCCUCUCCCACCAUCAACUUCGCGACAUCGCCUGACUGUGUUCUCCUUUAUCCUCGACCUUAGAACGUAUCCCAUCCCCUCUUCGGCGCCCGCCCAGCUUUCACCAUUCCAUCCUCCACGCACCAUCUACUCGAAAUGGAGACCAAUGACACGAGCUCUUCCAAGGGCAAGCAACAUGAUGUCGCAGGCCCCGGCACUGUUGGCUUCCGCCCUCAGGUCAACAUGGCUGUCCAGCCUCCGAAAACAGAUGAUCUGCAGAAGAGCUACGCGGCCAUUGUCACCAAUGAUGCUGAUCCCAAGGGCUGGUACGGAAGCAUGAUCAAUGGCCUCGGCGCCAUUAUCGGAACCAUGGGUGCCUUCCCCUGCUGCAUCUGCUGCCCGAAUCCGUACAAGGACGUUAACCAGGGCAAUGUCGGCUUGGUGACCAAGUUUGGCAAAUUCUACAAGGCCGUCGACCCCGGUCUUGUCAAGGUCAACCCUCUCAGCGAGCACCUGAUCCAGGUCGACGUCAAGAUCCAGAUCGUCGAAGUGCCCAAGCAGGUCUGCAUGACCAAGGACAACGUCACCGUAAACCUGACCUCCGUCAUCUACUACCACAUCGUGGCGCCCCACAAGGCUGCCUUCGGAAUCACCAACGUGCGCCAGGCCCUCAUCGAGCGCACCCAGACGACCCUCCGACACGUUGUGGGUGCCCGUGUCCUGCAAGAUGUUAUCGAGCGCCGGGAGGAGAUUGCGCAGAGCAUCGGGGAGAUCAUUGAGGAUGUCGCCGCCGGCUGGGGUGUGCAGGUCGAGAGCAUGCUCAUCAAGGACAUCAUCUUCAGCCAGGAACUGCAGGAGUCGCUCUCCAUGGCUGCCCAGAGCAAGCGUAUCGGAGAGAGCAAGAUCAUUGCGGCCAAGGCCGAGGUCGAAUCCGCCAAGCUGAUGCGCCAGGCAGCCGAUAUUCUGUCGUCGGCACCCGCCAUGCAGAUUCGCUACCUCGAAGCCAUGCAAGCCAUGGCCAAGAGCGCCAACAGCAAGGUCAUCUUCCUGCCGGGCACCAGCAACUCCAUGUCGUCGGGGUCGGCCUUCAACACAGCCGUGGCCAACAACAAGGCGUACGAGGGCGACACCACCAUCGACCAUUCUUUCGCCGACUUCGGAGGUCCGGACGCUAGUUUCCAACAGGCUCUGAACGCGCGCGUGGUCGAGAACAUCUAAUGUCUCUUCUCCCGCUGCCUUUUUUUCGAUUGGAAAACGGGAAAAGCAGGCUAGUCGUGCCGACUUGCAUUCUUUAGGUCGGCAUCCGGCGAGAAACAGCCCCCUGGAGCUUGAUUUGGCGGCACCCUUUCUUUGCGCUACGACUUGGUCGGAGCCGUCUCCUUAACUGUAAUUUGUAUUCAUUGUGUGUGUGAAGCCUCGCUGCGGACGAACACCCCCAGGAUCGACGUGAAUUUGCGUUGGCCUUUCAAACGGAUACCCCUGGAUGGAUAAUGGAACACUGGAAUUAGGCAGGAAGUCUGGGGAUACCAUAUACCUCUGUUGUUAUUGAUAAUGAUACCACAUCCGUUCGUUACGCCA